AUGCCUCCCUCAAGGAAGGAAACAAUCAAUCCUUGUAUCACGACCCAACUGUGUCAACUCAUUUACUAUCACCUUGACAAUAACCUGCUCAAUAAUGCCCUGUUCUUCGCAGAGCGGCUGCAUGCUUAUACCCCCAAAGGCCCCGAAUCCUCCUACCUCCUGUCAUUAUGCCAUUUACGACUUGGCGAUUAUGCUUCCGCCUUCGAGGUGGUAAAGAGCCCAGGGAAUAAGAUGGGAAAUCUUGGAUGUGCAUACAUCUAUGCACAAGCAUGCCUUGCACUGGGAAAAUUGAAAGAAGGGAUCGUGGCGUUGGAAAAGAAUAGAGGCUGCUGGGGGGCACAAAACUCAUUUGGCAAACAUUCAGAAUACUCGCGACAUCCAUAUCCUGACGCAUCUGCAGUCUGUUGUCUACUGGGGAAGCUAUAUCGCGCUUUUGAUGACAAAAAACAGUCGAUUAGCUAUUUCGAAGAUGCGCUGAAAUUGAAUCCAUUCAUGUGGGAUGCUUUUACUAAUCUUUGCGAUAUGGGCACUAGCGUUAGAGCUUCGAGUACUUUUAGGAUGAGUGUAGAGAUGGAGGCAAUACUGAAAACGAAUUCACAAGAAAGAGAGGCGCCAAUGGAACCCAUGUUCGUGGAGGAACCCAAACUGAUCCGUCCCAGCGCGCGAACUUACCAGAGUGAACCCGUGGAUCCUUUCAAUAAUAAUUCCACGUCUCGAUCAUUCGCCGGUGGCCUUUUUGGAUCACUUACUACCUCUGCAUCCUCGAAGCUCGCUGAGAGCAAUCCCAGUCUUACAAAUCUUCCCGCGACUGGAAAUGGCAGCAUCAGCUCUGAUACAAUGGAAACACCGACUGGUCCUAGUGUCCCUCCCGAUUAUUCUAUUGUGCCCAGUCGAAAAGAACCUGGUGUGAUAUCAGCUUUUCCUAUUAACAUGGAACCUCCACAAGCCCCAGCUCGCAGGAACCGAACCCUACAGGGGCUCGGUAUGGACUUUAGCAUGGACGUUCCGAAGAUGGGUCGAUCCAUGACAUCGAAACGACUUCAAAAGGCGGCAGCUGAAAUUUCAGAGGACAGUAGCGCAGGACACAAUUCUCGCCACAACUCUGUUACGGCACCGGGUGGAGAAAGGAAGCGAACCAUAUCGGGACAGGUAGUACCUCGACAGCCCUCAGAAGACCCUGGAGCACCUCAGAGAAGGAGUGUCAGAUUGAUCAACCAGUUCCGCCCCACAAGCAACAAACCUUCCAGUAACCUUGCGACUGUGGGGCCAGCGCCCGGGCGAGAAUUAAAGAAGGCUCGACCUCCGAUAUCAAAAAUCAUGCGACCGGUUGGAGCAUCGACCGCCGGCAGACAGGUCAGCGGUAAUCGAAAACCAGUGGAAGAAUCCAUGGAAUUAGACCAACGGGAAGGAGAGAUAAGAUCCCGAGCGCCGGUAUCUACAAAAUCUUCUGGUGCUAGGUCAUCCGAAUCAGACUCUGGAACUCGGGAGGAGGCUAUAAGAUGGCUCCUCGACUUGUUUAAGAAGUUCGGCACUGGCUAUUAUUUACUUGCCAGGUUUCAGUCUCGUCAAGCUUUGGAAGCGUUCUCUACAUUAUCUACUCAGCAGCAAGACACGCCUUGGGUAUUGUCACAGAUGGGGCGUGCUAAUUACGAACAAGCAUCAUAUGCUGAAGCAGAAUUCUUAUACAGGCGGAUUCGACAAAUAGCACCAACACGCUUCCAGGAUAUGGAAAUAUAUUCUACCGUUCUUUGGCAUUUGAAAAAAGAGACUGAUCUAGCCUUUCUUGCGCAUGAGUUGGUCGAUUCUUCGUGGCAAUCACCAGAGGCUUGGUGUGCGCUGGGAAAUUCCUGGUCACUUAUGCGAGAUCAUGAGCAAGCUUUACGUUGUUUCAAGCGGGCUACCCAACUUAAUCCUAAGUUUGCUUAUGCGUUUACUCUUCAGGGUCAUGAGCAUGUUAUGAAUGAAGAAUAUGACAAGGCACUUACUUCAUACAGACAUGCAAUGGCUGUUGAUAGGAGACACUAUAACGCCUACUAUGGUGUUGGUAAAGUAUAUGAGAAGAUGGGUAAUUACGAUAAAGCUUUCAUACACUUCGAAGCCGCUUCCAAAAUCAACCCAACGAAUGCCGUGCUAUUGGGUCUUAUGGGAAGUGUUGUUGAUAAGAAGGGGAACAAGGCACUGGCACUAGCAUACUUCAAAAAGGCGAUUGAGUUGGAUCCUAAAUCGGCCUUGACCCGUUUCAAGAAAGCUCGAUGCUUAAUGACAAUGGGGAACAUGGAAGAUGCUUUGGAGGAAUUAAAGAUCCUGAAAGAUUUGGCUCCUGAUGAGGCGAUGGUUCAUUUCUUACUGGGUAGACUGUAUAAGAGUAUCAAACAGAAGGGUGCUUCAGUUCGACAUUUUACCAUCGCUCUAAACCUAGACCCUAAGGCCAGUCAACAAAUAAAAGAAGCCAUCGAAAGUUUAGAGCAAGGGGACGACGAUGAAGAUGAUGAAACCAGCAUGAUGGGGUAA